AUGACUGCUACUACUACCACACGAACUCGUCGAGGCAGAGCCUCAUCUCUCGAAUCACUAUCUACUACCAAAUCAUACGAUUCGUCUCUUACCGUCACCGUAAACACCUCCACACGAUCCUCUGCUCACGAGCAUAUGGGGCUUCAUUCCUCAUCGGCGCCUCUACAGCAGAAGAAGGCACGAUUCGCCGAGAAUCCGUGUACGGGAACCUACUAUACACACAACGAGAAGUCGGUACGAAAGCAGAAGAAGAAUGUUUCCAAGAAGUUUCUAAAAGGGGCUAAGAAUGCGCUGGGAUUUUGCUGCUGGCUGCUUUGUGCAUCUUGUGUGCUGUCUGGGCCGGAAUAUGAGAAGUGGAACAGUGAGAAGUUGGAUUGA